CUGGUUUAGAUUUUUCACUACCCUCGGGCCUCAGCCUUGGUCUAUUAUUGUAUUAGCUUUCGGACGCUUGACAAGAAAAUGGUGUUAUCUCAUUAUUUUUGAUACGCACCCAAAAAAUUCGUAAGCUUAUAGUGACGAACUGGCUAGAAGUUUUCGGUGCAAGUAUAUUGUUAUUGACUUAAAGUUUACCCGCUGUUUAGUAUAAAAUGAUUAAGGGGCUGAACUGUAAAUUAGUGUUUUAUAUAAGACAUGAAAUGAAUACAUCCGCACGCUCUAAGUCUACAGUAUCAAAUUUAAAUAAAUCAAAUAGAUUCAAGACAUUGUCUAUUUAUCGAUGGAAUCCCGAUGAACCAGACAAAUCUCCGUGUAUGAAAGAUUAUCGUGUUGAUCUAAACAGUUGCGGUCCUAUGGUGCUGGAUGCCUUAAUAAAAAUUAAAAACGAACUUGAUCCAACUAUAACUUUUCGUCGUUCAUGCCGUGAAGGUAUUUGUGGAUCUUGUGCAAUGAACAUUAAUGGGACUAAUACAUUAGCUUGUAUCAGUACAAUUGAUUCUAAUCUAAAUAAAGUGACCAAAAUAUAUCCGUUACCACACAUGUAUGUUAUUAAAGACCUAGUGCCGGAUAUGAAUAACUUCUAUUCUCAGUAUCAAAGUAUACAACCUUGGCUUCAAAAUUCUCAAAUUAGCAAAGUUGGUUCUGAACAAUUUUUGCAAAGUGUUGAAGAUCGCAAGAAACUUGAUGGCUUAUAUGAAUGCAUAUUAUGUGCAUGCUGUAGUACCUCGUGUCCUUCAUAUUGGUGGAAUAGUGAUAAGUAUCUUGGACCAGCUGUGCUGAUGCAGGUAAAGUAA